AUGCGCGGCUUCGCUUGCCUGCUCCUGGUGAUCGAGAGCGGCGCGCUAUCGCUCAGUACGAAUUCGGCGCCGUCACGGGUGUGUCCGGCGGCGCGUGCUGCGCUCUCGCCUCUUCCUCCAGCCGUGCUCUUACCACGGCUCCGCCCGGCGCGCGUGCUGGCGCCGCCGAUGGCGUGCAUGAAGCGUGCCGACCUGCCGUCGGAGGAGGAGAUUUCGGCGGUGCAGUGGCUUGGCGGCGCGGGAGGCGGCCUCGUCUGGAGCAAGCUCUUUGGAGGCUCCCUGCUCUUUGGUGUGCUGGCGGGUGUGCUGGCGGCGCGGGCGGUGGCGCACUCGCACUCAAAGGCGGGCACGUACCUGCGUGAGGCGGGAUGGCUGGCGUACGAGCGGUACCGCGUCGCCAGGCGGCUCGCCGUCGACGCGUGGGGCUGGGCGGGCAGCGAGGCGCGCCAGGUGGGCGUGCCGCCGCCGCGCGAGCUGCAGCGCAUGGCUGUUGAGCUGCUGCGCCGUGCGGCACUGGACGCGCGGUCGCGCGCGAGCGAACGCUUGCUCGAGCGCCUCGCCCCGGUGCGGCAGCGGCUCGCCGCCGUGUCGGCGCGCGGGCUCGAGCUGUGGCGCGCCUCGCCUCUGCCGGCCGCGUGGCAGCAGAGCGGCGUGCCCGAUUCGGUGCGCCGCUUCAGGCAGCGCGUGCACGAGCGGCGGGAGGAGGAGGUCCGCCGCCAGAGCAGCGGCGGCUUCUGA